CUAACAAUGACGUAGGAAAUCACGUGGUGUCCCUUUCUCAACCUGAACACGUUUCCGAUUUGUCUUUAAACUGCCCUUGAAAGCUAUCCCUGAACCACAACAAGAUGGUCAAGGAAGACAAGUCAACCUGGAAGUCCAACUACUUCUUGAAAAUUUCAAGCCUGUUAGAUGAAUAUCCCAAGGCCUUCAUCGUGAAUGCUGACAAUGUCGGAUCAAAGCAGAUGCAGCAGAUCCGCCAGGCACUGCGAGGAAAAGCUGUUGUUUUGAUGGGAAAAAAUACCAUGAUGAGAAAAGCCAUCAGAGGUCACAUUGAUAAGAACCCAUUGUUGGAAAAACUCCUUCCCUUCAUUAAAAAAAAUGUUGGGUUGGUGUUUUUGAAAGGCGAUCUGGUAGAGACCAGGGAUCUUCUUUUGGCUAACAAGGUGAAAGCCCCAGCCAAGGCAGGUGCCCUUGCUCCCUUGGAUGUCCAUGUGCCUGCUCAGGCCACCACUUUGGGUCCAGAAAAGACCUCUUUCUUCCAAGCUCUGCAGAUCCCCACCAAGAUUACCAGAGGAUGCAUUGAAAUCUUGAACGAAGUUCAUCUGAUCAAAGCAGGAGAGAAGGUUGGUUCAUCCGAGUCUACACUGCUGAACAUGUUGGGAGUCUCUCCAUUCUCGUAUGGUCUGGUUGUCGAGAAAGUGUACGACUCUGGAACUAUUUUUGAACCCGAGAUUUUGGACAUUACUGAUGAUGAUUUAAAGGCAAAAUUCCUGAUGGGAGUCCGAAACAUUGCUGCCAUCUCUCUGACCAUUGGAUACCCCACUGCCGCUUCAGCUCCUCACUCCAUUGCCAACGGAUUCAAGAGGCUUCUGGCUAUUGCUGUGGAAACGGAUUACACUUUCCCAGCAGCUGAGAAGACCAAGGAGUACUUGAAGGACCCCAGCAAGUUUGCCGUGGCUGCUGCCCCUGCUGCUGCUGCUUCAUCGGCUCCUGCUGCCAAGAAGGAGGAGAAGAAGCCAGAACCAGAGAGCGAGUCUGAUGACGACAUGGGAUUCGGGCUGUUCGACUAACGGGAUCGAAAACUCAAGAAAGUUCCAUGCCGGUUUAAACCAUAUGGCAUUGGAAUAUUGAAUUAAAAAACUUUGAAAUUUUGCAAA